AUGUAAAAUUGAACCAAGCAAGUAUACAAGUAUGUGAAACUAGAGGGCCUUCAACAACUCAAGACAAAGUGAUCAGCUACGUACAAUGGAUUUCCUGCGAAUACCAAAUCUAAGCACAAUCAUAGCUGGAUUGUUUGCCAUACUUGUAGUUGCCUACUUUAUCCAAAAGAGGUCCGGAGCUUCUAAGGGAAAAAGAGCACCCGAAGCUGCAGGCGGAUGGCCUCUAAUUGGUCACCUGCGUCUAUUAGCCCGAUCUCAGCUCCCCCACAUCACUUUGGGAGCCUUGGCCGAAAAGUAUGGACCAGCCUUUACCAUUCGGAUUGGGGUGCAUCCAGCCUUGGUGAUAAGUAGCUGGGAGUUGGCUAAGGAGUGCUUCACCACCAACGACGUCGCCCUAUCUUCUCGUCCCAACCUUGUUGGUUCCAAACACUUGGGUUACAACUAUGUCAUGUUUGGAUUCAGCCCCUAUAGCUCUUAUUGGCGUGAGAUGCGCAAGAUAACCACCAUGGAGCUACUCUCAAACCGCCGACUCGAGCUACUUAAGGAUGUUCGAGCCUCCGAGGUGAUGACCUCCUUAAAAGAGCUGUACAAGCUUUGGAGUACUGAUGGUGUUUCAGUGGAGAUGAAGCAAUGGUUCGGGGAUUUGGCUCUCAACGUGGUUCUUAGAAUGGUAGUUGGAAAGCGAUACUCCGGUGACAAUGAAGAUGCACGACGGUGUCAGAAUGCAUUCAGGGAGUUCUUUCAGUUGAUGGGGCAGUUUGUGGUUGGGGACGCCAUUCCUUAUCUUGGGUGGUUGGAUUUGGGUGGACAUGAGAAGGCCAUGAAGAAAACAGCGAAAGAGAUGGAUUGUUUAGCAACAGAGUGGUUGGAGGAGCACCGGAAGAGGAGAGGUUCAGGUGAUCAGGCUAAAGGGCAGCAAGAUUUCAUGGAUGUAAUGUUGUCGAUCCUUGAUGGCGCAGACCUGGCUGGCUUUGAUCCUGAUACCGUCAACAAGGCUACAUGUUUGGCUAUGGUAUCAGGAGGCGCGGACACAACCAUGGUCACUCUGACGUGGGCACUGUCAGCAUUGUUGAAUAAUCGGCACGCUUUAAGAAAAGCCCAAGAGGAAGUGGACAUCCAUGUGGGCAAGGAAAGACUAGUCAGUGAAGAAGAUAUCAACAAAUUAUUGUAUCUCCAAGCCAUUGUCAAAGAGGCUCUAAGGCUAUACCCACCUGCGCCUCUAUCUGGGCUACGAGAAUCCACGGAAGACUGCACCAUUGGUGGCUACCAUGUCCCAAAAGGAACCCGUCUGGUGGUCAAUCUUUGGAAGAUCCAGACAGACCCUUUGGUGUGGUCUGACCCAUUAGAGUUCAAGCCAGAGAGAUUUCUCACAACCCACAAGAACUUCGAUGUCAAAGGUCAAAAUUUUGAGCUCAUCCCCUUCGGUGCCGGUAGAAGAGCGUGCCCUGGGAUAUCUUUCGGCCUUCAAAUGUUGCACUUGACAUUAGCUAGUCUGAUACAUGCGUUUGAUAUUUCAACUCCAUCAAACGCUCCAGUUGAUAUGACUGCAACCUUUGGAUUAACAAACAUCAAAUCCACGCCACUUGAGGUUGUCCUCAAACCUCGCUUGCCACCAAAUCUUUAUGAAUAGAUAUUGUACUACUGCAGUUUGAUGAAAAACAAAAAGCUAGGCUUGUCUCAGCAACAUUUACUUUC